UGCGCGGUGGUGCGGCCCGCGGUCCCCCCGCGCCCGGCGGUGGUGGGGCCCGGUGGCGGCGCGUUCGGGGCCGGGGCUGCGGGGGCUGCGGGGCCGGGGCCGCCGGGGCUGCGGGGGGAUGACGCUCUUCGGCAGCGGGGACGCGGGCUGGAGAUAUCUGGACAUGGCCAGGGAACCCAAGCCAAGCCGGGCCAGGCUGGGCCAGAAGCGGCAGCAUGGUAGCAGCCUGUACCACAGUAACUGUGACCUGGACUACGAUCUCUACAGGGAGGACUUCCCGUACCGAGUGUACGAGUACCAGAAAAUCCCCCCCCUCAUUAACCGCAUCCCGGUCAAGGCCAGACGAACUCAUGUGGGAGCGGGAAGCAAAAGCAGCCUGAGCCCCCAGGCCGGGGAAAGGAGCAGCACCAGCUCCACGGCGGGACGGACAAAGCUGCGAGCCGAAGAGCUGCACUCCAUCAAGGGGGAGCUGAGCCAGAUCAAGGCGCAGGUGGACAGUCUGCUGGAGAGCCUGGACCGCAUGGACCAGCGGAGAGAGCAUCUCACAGGGUCCAAGGAGAGCGAGAAGAAGAGGGCAGAGGCAGGGGCAGAGUCGCCAUCCCCAGCGGGAGAGAGCUCACGGGAGCCCCGGGGCAAGGAGGGGAUGGGAGGUGACAGGCACAGCGACCUGCGCAACAUCGACAGCGCCGAGGAGGAGGAGGAGGAGCAGAGCACAGACACAGAGGAGGCGGUGAAAAACCACAUGUCGGACCCCGAGGGAAGCCAGUAGAGGGUCGGGGAUGCCGUGGCCGGCCCUUCGCCGUCUUGUGUUCGUCUUUCUUUUCGAGGCUCCCGGCUCGUGCCACGAGGUGCCCGCUCUCGGCACGGGCAUCCCCCGCCCGCCGGCAGCCCCGCGUCCCACCCCCCACGAGAGGCCGGCCAGCCCUGGCGAGAGAAGUCUUUGUGUUCCGGUGCGCUCGUUUUCUUUUUUCCUCCUGGUUUCAGCCCUAGGGAUAAGUAGACGUGGCCCGGGGCAUGAUGGGGAGGAGCGAAAAAAAAAAAACAAAUAAAGGAUCCUAUCCCAAAGGAGCAUCCCAAAUUCCGGUUGCUUUGCGUGCCGGCAUGCCCCCCACCCAUAGGGUGCUGUGGGGCGCAGAGAAAGCACCCCGGCCCCUCAGCACAGCUCGCAUCCCAACCUCCCCAGUCCUGCAAGCCCACCCGCUGCCUCCACACUUCCGAAUCCCCCAGGAACGGGUCCAGCAAGCGUGGGUACAGCCCUCGAAGGCUUUUGGAACUGCUCAGCAUCCCACCAUGAUGCCACGGGAAGGAGAGACCACCCCGAGGGGCUUUUGUGGGAUUUUGGGAUGGUGCCGAGCCCCGCCCCAACGCCAGCAGCAGGGCAGCGCAAACCCAAUGCUCCCAGUCAUCCCUGCUCCCAAAUGGGUUUUCCUUACUGGUUUACCGUGGGCUGUUCUCGGCCAUGGAUCACGUUUGCGGCCAGCAGGACUCUGCCAGGGCUCCUGAGCCCAAGGAAGAUGCGGUGUGUCCCCCCCCCGUGCUCCCCAGCGUCACAUCUCAGUUCGGUGUCCCUCAUUUCUAGGUCGUCCUUCUCUCGCUGGUAGAAACUUGUUCUGUAUUUCUAAUUUGCUCUGGUAAAAGAGUGUAUUGUGUUGGAAAGAAAAAUAAUUUGUAUUUCUUUUCUCUGGUUA